AUGUUUCUAAAAUAUAUAAAACAAUUUUCUAAGAAAAUAUCAUUUUGCGAAGAUAAACCAAAAUCUCAAGACUUUGAUUUCUGUCAAGAAACAAAUUAUCCAAAUAAUGCUUGUAGUGCUCAGUGGAUGUUGUUAUAUUGUACAAUAUCAUCCCUUGAUGAAAUGCCUUCGAAAGAAGCUUUAGAGUCAAUUAGAAUAUUUAUAAGUAAUCUACCAGAUGCUUGUAUAAAUACAACCAUUGGGGAUUGUUAUACAGAGAAAGUAAGAAAUUCCUAUGACUUAUUGCAAAAAUUUACUACACGAAAAGAAUUCCUAGUUUGGUUAUGCCUAGUAGAAAACCAAUGUAGGAAGAAUAUAGGUCUUAAUUUGAAGUCUUGUAGAUAUUCACAACUAAUUAAUAGAUGGAAAUAA